AUGGCAACUGAAGCCACCUCUAAUAAUAUCGCGUCGCCGUCUUCUACCCCUGACCAUGAGCUGAACACAACUGAACCCACGAGCCAGGAUGCCCCUUCCGAACAGUCCCAACCUCUCGUGAACGGAGCCGCAGAGAAAGAUGGAAGCAAGAAAAGUAAUACGGAGUCUGCCGAAGCAGGUGUCAUCUCGGCGGAGGUCAGUGUUAGUGGAGGAUCGGAUACUGAAGCUUCGAAGGCGGAAACCUCGAAAACUGCAGGCGAUGACAAAGGUCACGUUCGUACGACAUCCACGGUCAAGAAGCCUACAUCUUUCAAGCCAGUUUCGGUAAACAAGACAUUUCUUGCGGCAAAAGCCGCGACGGCUGCUGCUCCUUCGAAGCUUGGAGACAAGCCAGCCGCCGGCGCACCCGCAACACUUACAGGACCUUCGACAACAGCCCCAAGUCGACCAAGGCUGGUUGCAAAGUCUGGAAGUAGUAUUCGCGAUUCGUCUCCUCGAACUGCUGCUUCUGCGAACGGUGGCAAGCCUGGGACCCCAGACGGCAGUGCCGUAUGGAAUAAGAACCGACCUGCACCACCCCCAGAACCAAAGCGUUUUACAGACGAAGAACUCAAGCAGCGUUACGGAAUCCAUCUAGCUACGAGGCUUCAGUCGGAUGACCCAGGAAAACAGGCGAAUUGGGCAGACAUAGAUGAUGACGAUGACGACUGGGCACCCGAAACAAUCGAAUGGACCGAUGGUACAAAGAUUACUCUACCUCAAGCAGAUGAAACACCUGCGCCAGCUCCAGCUCCAGCUCCCUCGCCAGUUCCGGCUGUGAAGGAAACGAAGCCUCUUGAAGCAACGAAACCAAAAUCCCCAGCACCAGUCCAAGCGUCUGUCUCUCCUACCGUGAAGCCUAGUGGAUUUGGGGGAAGAGCCGGACUAGUUCUGAAAGGAGCGAGCGAGAAACCUACUCUGGUUGCGAAGCCUCCAGGACCUCCAGCACCAGUGAAGUCGCCAUGGGCUCCGUUACCUCCUGUGGAUAAAGUAGCACCUGUUGGAAUUGAUAUCCCCCAGAGUCAACAACAACAGCAACAGCAACAAAACCGCUUCAGUCAAAGAGAUCCCCAUGGAUUCCACGGAAUGCCUCCGCCUCCAGCUAAGGAGAUCGCUGCAGAUGAUUUCAGCCGGUCAUGGAGAGACGGCCAUUCCAACACGAGCAGAGAAUUAUACAACUCUCAAUCUGGACGAUAUGAGCCAGUAAAUGACACCCGUCGAGGUUCUCGGAAUGAUAUACACUCUCGUCAACCCGCAGUACUGCAGAGGCCAUCACAGCAAGAUGGUCCAGCAGAGCCAUCUGCGGCCUUCCAAACGCAUCGCGCAAGUGGACAGGAUGGCGGAUAUGGACGUCGUCGCACUUCUUCAAAUGUUAGUGGGGGGAGUGGGAACCUUGCCCGACGUAUGAGUCGAGGUGAUAUGCCACAGCCCCUGGAGAUGUUAAAUGCCCGGCGGGGUUCAUUGGCUGCAGUAAGCGAUGAGCCUUCAUCGCCUCGAAAUUAUUCUCCUUCUGGACAACAGCAAAGUCAGCGUGGGCCUCAAAACCAGCCAUGGUCCCGUGCGUCGCCCGCUGUUAGCCAUCCCUCUCCUCAGUCUGUCCACGGACAACCUGAACCACCUGCACAGGCGCCUGCAGGCAUUCAAAGUCAGCCUGUUAUGGAAGAUCCAAUCGAGGAACAAAAGAAAAUCAUGCGAUUAAGACGCGAACAAGCCAUCAAGAGACGACAGGAAGAAGAGGCAAGAGAGGAGGCUGCCAAAAAGGAGCGUAUCCGUCUAAAACUCGAAGCUAUGGAGAAAGAACUCGGUCCUUUGCCAGACGCAAAGAAGAAAGACGCACCCAAAGAAGAGAAGGCCGUCCCUACUCAAAUCAAAACACGUGAUGUUUCUGAGCCCGCGCCAAAAUCCGAGCCUGUCGCGUCAGAAGGAAAUAUCGAAUCGGACGCGAAAAUUUCCCAGCAUGUUGAUAGUGCAACAUCGCAUGACGCGAAGCCCACCGACAGUCAGUCUUCGAACCAAGACCUCCGUCCCAACGGCGCCCACGGUGUUUCUGCAUCAUCGGCCCCAUCUACCCAACCUCCUCAGGAGAGCCGGUCUACACAAUCGUGGCAAAACCGCACAGCCACGAACUCUGAAAGAUUCCAUGCUUGGGGUGCAGCACCUGCACAACAAUCUUCGAGAAACGUUUGGGGACCACCUUCUAGUGACAGAACACUCGGGAAUGGUACCUUCAACCCCGAACUAAGCAUGAAUUCGUCAUCCACCCCUGGGCCAAUAGGUCCUCCGAAUCGUGGAAAUGGUUCCUAUCAACAAGGACGAGGUCGUGAAUACGGAUCUCGGCCAGCACCCAUAGGUCCUCCAAAUAGAGCAAACGGCGUUUCAAGAGAGCAGCAAUCUCGUGUCGCUGCCUCUGGUUGGACUAGUCUCCCUGAGAAAUUGGCCCAAGAAGAUGCUUUAAACGCGAAGCAGCAUGAGGCUGAACUUGCUCAUCGACGUGACCUACAGGCCAAGGGUCUAUACACGGACGUGCCACAGCCGAUCAUUAAGGAUCAUUGGCGCCCAGUCACUAUGAAUGAGGAUGGAACGCGAGGCAAGGCCCAACCAGUAUCCUUGAAUAUCAUAGAUGAUGGAUCUGCUCAACCGAAACAAGAAGAAACCUCUACUCGACCAAUUUUCGAAGAACACCGUCAUCUCGAUGGGCAAACUCAAUUCAAACCUGACCCUUGGAGAUCGCCUUCUAACCUGAAUACGUCUCCUCAGGUCCGUGGAUCGAGAUUCUUCCCCAAUAACAACCGUGAUGUACGUUUGGAAGAUCCGAAUGCCUUUUUCGAUAGGCCGGGAUCACCAUCACCACCUCCGCCAACCAUGGCUGGCCACCCUGCAUACGAUGGUGACAGCGCUCAUCCGCAUGUCUCCCUCCCACGUCCCUCACCUGUAGUCAAGUUACCACCUGCUGUGCUUGCCCCAAUUGGUCCACCAAAGCCAGCUUCUUUUGCCGCCGCGGUUACGGCGCCAGCAGUACCUUCUACGAACAACUAUCCUGGACGCCAAGAUUAUAAUCAGAGACAAACCUCAUAUCAAGAUAUUCGUCAACAACCACCUACUGGAGGGUCUGGAGGUUGGCAAGAUAGGAUCAGCAAUUUGCUUGGUCGCAAGAGUUCGCCUCCUAAGUCGCAUGCUUUUGCUGUCGAUUCGUCAAGCAAGAAUGCUUUGGAGCUACCUACAUCCCAAUCUUUUGCAACGGUAUCAUUGCCAUCAUCCGUCACUGGCGAUUUGGCCGCAGACGAUGGAUCUGUAGCAUCCAAGCCAGCUGCUGAAGAGUGUUUUGAAGAACAAGAGAUGGGAUCCUUACCCGUCAUCAAGGUUCCUGUUGCAGCACCCGUAGCCGCUUGGUCAAUGGCCACACCUCAGCCUAAAUCACUUCCAAAGAGGUUCCUUCUUUCGAAUCCCACCAGUAUUGAGCCGAUCAACUUCCCUCAGCAUAUUACAAACAACCGCGUCACAAUCUCCAUUUUACUCCCCGGACAGGCGGAGCCGAAGAGUGUCAGUCUUCCGGCAAGUAGACAGAGAAGCAACCCAAGACGAGGUGGUGCUUCACGAGGUGCGACACGUCAUUCUUCUUCUCAUACCAGAGGCGGCAGAGCAAGAGAUGCAUCGGGAAGUUUCCCAUCUCCUAAUCUCGAUAGCGCAUCGGUUUCAUCCAGCCCGACUGGUCGUGGAGGUCACCGAGGGCAUGGCAGAGGAUACGGCUCGAACUGGAACCGACAUGUUUCAACACCGGUUCAUACAUAA